AUGGAGGCUAUUAAGAUCACGCCCACAGCGGCGCCAGCGCCCGGCGCAACCCCAAGCGCCGGUGAUGUCGCCGACCUACGCAAUGAUGAUGGGUGGAAGCCCACCAAGCGUUUCCUCCUGGCUUUCAUGUCUCUUCUCACUAUCGUGGCAGCCGUGGCGAUUGAAUCAACCAGCUUACCAACUGCUCUCCCCAUCAUGAGCGCAGAAUUAGGGGGUACCGCUCUGGAAGCAUUCUGGUCUGGCACUAGUUUCCUCCUAGCUUCGACCAUUAUCCAGCCCACAGUCGCGUCAAUGUCGCAUAUUCUGGGUCGAAGAAUCAUGCUCUAUGUUAGCAGCGUUGGAUUUGCAAGUGGUUCGCUCAUUGCUGCCCUCGCACGUAAUUUUAAACUUGUGCUCGUCGGUAGGACUAUUCAGGGAGCAGGAGGAGGGGGGCUGAUUGUCCUUCUGGAGAUUCUCAUAUCCGAUCUGGUCCCCCUUGCACACCGCGGUACUUGGUUCAGUAUCAUUUCCGCCAUGUGGGGUAUCGGCACUGCCACUGGGCCCUUGAUCGGAGCUGGAUUCGCUCAAGAUGUUACAUGGAGGUGGAUAUUCUGGAUCAACCUGCCAAUCGUCGGUGUGGGCAUGCUUUUCGUUACGCUAUUUUUGAAACAAGCGCAGAUACCAGGGCAAAUUAUUGAGAAGCUCAAGAGAUUUGACUGGCUUGGUUCCGUACUGUUUUCAGUCAGUUCUGCAGGGUUUUUGUUUGGUAUUACUACCGGAGGUGUCAGAUUUCCUUGGUCAUCCUACCAAGCACUGGUACCACUAGUCAUCGGAUUUCUAGGCAUGCUCUCCUUUGUCUAUUGGGAGUUCAACUUUGCUUCAGAGCCAAUCGUGGACAAGCGAAUCUUUAAAACAUGGACAGCAAUCUCCGCUUAUAUCCAAACGAUGCUGCAUGGCCUCGUCCUGUGGGCGGCUAUUUAUUUCCUGACUUUAUACUACCAGGCUGUGAAGUUGUACUCGCCAGUUACUUCAGCCAUAGCACUCCUCCCCGAGACAGUAGGACUCUCCCUCUCGAGCAUUGCGGUAGGUGCCCUUACAGGGCGGUGGAAAAGAUAUCGAUGGGCCCUGUGGGGAGGAUGGUCUCUGACUACUCUUGGCGCUGGCCUUUUGUACCUUCUUGGUACAAACACCAGUAUCACUCAAUGGGUUUUCUUGAACAUUCCUUUCGGUAUCGGAACUGGCAUGCUUUUCACGGCAGAGAUCCUAGCCAUCCAAGCCGCAACUGAACCUCAUCUCAACGGCGAAGCCGCAGGUUUCUUCUCGUUCAUCCGAAUCUUUGGCCAAGCUCUUGGCGUAGCUAUAUCGGGAGUUAUCUUCCAGAACUCACUGAAACAAACACUGCUUCGAAUUCCGGGUUUCGCUUCUCUCGCGGACGAGUACUCGCGUGAUGCCACCGCCAUAGUCACUCUGAUCCAGGAUAUGGACGACGGCGAUACGAAGGCGCGAAUGAUACAAGCUUUCUCAGAUGCUCUAAGCUCAAUUUGGCUCUCUCUGUUGGCGUUUUCAGCUGCAGGAUUGCUGCUUAGUUUCACAGUGAAAGGAUACUCCAUGACGCAGGAGCAUGUUACUGCGCAACAUCUAGUUCAAGAGAAGGAGGGGUCUGGAAAUGAAGAGGCUGGACUCUCGGAAAAUACUCAGACUGCGGAAAAAUCUUGA